AUGGACCCCAACAUGAACAAUCUCCUCAAAUGGAGUAUCGAGAACUCAACUUCAGCCAAGCAGGCCGGCGAUUCCGAUGGCGCUGCUCAAGCCCCUACCUCUCGCAGUCUGAACCCUGAGAUGCUCUCCGCCCUGUUCGGUGGCCCCUCAGAUGCCGACCUCAUGAAAGCCGCCAUGGAAGCGCUUCACUCGGACGAAGUCGAUCUCGAGAACAAGAUGAUCGCAUUCGACAACUUCGAACAGCUCAUCGAGUCUAUCGAUAACGCGAACAAUCUGGAGCCCCUGGGUCUGUGGACGCCCCUCGUGGAACUGCUCAAGCACGAGGAAGCCGAAAUGAGGCGCAUGGCCGCCUGGUGCAUCGGAACCGCCGUGCAGAAUAACGAAAAAGCGCAGGAUAAGCUCAUCGGUUUCAAUGUCCUCCCAACCCUCGUCUCCAUGUCCACCUCGGACCCGGCACCCGCCGCUCGCAAGAAGGCAGUGUACGCCAUCUCUUCCGGAGUCCGCAACUACCAACCCGCCAUGGACGAGUUCGUCAAGCACCUUCCCGAAGGAUACCCUCGCGGAGAAAAGGUCGAUGCGGGAGAUAUGGAUGCUAUCGAUGCCUUGCUGGACAGACUCAGGGCUCACCCGUCCGAAGUCUCCGCGUGA